AUGGAGCAGGAGAUUAACAAGGAACAAGAGCAGACUAGCGAUGCGCCUAAACCAAAAAGACGUGGAAGACCACCUAAACACAGCAAGAUAGAAACUGCUGUUGUUGCGGUGCCGGAUGAAGACGACAAUGCUGUACAGAGAGGUGCCAUGACGAUAGCCACGCCGACGAAGAACAGAUUAAAAGACUUUGAGGGACUAUCGGAUGAAGAUGCGACUCCAGCGGCGCAACUGCAGUGGGAGACAACUGGCGAGACUGAUGACCAAGGAAUCUAUGAUCGAGGCGAUUCAGAUGACUUUGGGAGUGCACGCGCUGGUGCGCUGGCUGAUAAUUUGCGUGAUUCCGGAUCUGCGUAUCAUAAAUCGCAAAACCACACCCCUAUUGGACAAUUCGAGUCUUCUUCAUCUGAGGCGAGUUCGUCUCGGCAAAGUACACCGAAAGUAACCGCGAUCAAGUCAGCAACCAAGGGGAAGAGGAAAACAGAUCGGCCCAAGAAGAAAACAGCAUUGGAUGGCGUAUUCAACGGCCUGCAAGGUGCAGAGUCAGCUUCUGAAUCAGUCUGGUCACCACAAGGAACAUCUACGUACUCGAAUUCAGGCGUUGAGACACCUGAUCCUGAACCAAGAACUGCGACGGCAAGGCUUAUCGAGGAGGCUGCUUCAGUGCAGAAGAAGAAAAAGAAAUCCUUGAAAAAUUCAAAAUCUGAAAAGCAACCAAAGCCCGAGUCGAAGACGCCAAUGGUAUUGCAGCCGGAAGAGUCAGAGGAGCCAGAUGAACAAGAGGAGCCAGACUGGGAAGUCAAGCGUAUCGAGGGUAUGGAUAUGUACGAGGCCGAAGAAGCAGGUCUCGUGCGCUACUUCAAAGUUCGCUGGGAAGGGGACUGGCCUCCAGAUCAGAACCCAACCUGGGAACCGGAAAGUAACUUGCCAGAUCAGCUUGUACGCAGGUAUCUCAAGAAUCGCAAGAGGAAACGCUCCGAGGAAGAGAAGCCAAAAAAGCCAGCCACUACACGACCCCCUGUGGCGCCCUCAUAUAGAUCCAGGAAAUCCAUGAAGCAGACGACAUUAUCGUGGGGUAUCGCGGCGAAACAGUACAGGAGCGUUACCGAGGCCUUUGAAGGACUUGAAGAGGACGAGCUUGCUAUGCCGCAGUACGAUGAAGCGCCUAUUGAGGAGGAAGAGCGAGAUGAAGACGAGCUUUUUAUCGUAGAGGAACCACCGACCAAGAAGAGCCGGGUCAAGACGUGGGUUGGAAACGGAUUAGAUCUCUGA